GAUAGUCGACCCACUGGUGGCGCCACAGGUCGUCCGGAAAACAUCGGAGUCAGCUCUUGCGUCGAACGAGGUCUUUCUGUCGUAAACCCUUGUUCGUGGGAAGACUCGAGCGCAGCCAGCGCUGUCGACGCACUCACUGCUCGCGACCUCCUCAAAACCGCCGUCUAAUCCGCCCCCGGCUGGUCGCCUUCACCUCCUUCGGCAUACGACGCUUGCAGGCUGCCAGAGCUAUGUCGAACACACACGGGUACCCUCCAAUCGGGGUCGAAGAGAAGGCCACGACGACAGCCAUUCAAUCCAAGGAGCGUCGGCCAUGGGGUCUCGAAUGGCGUAGCUCCGUCUGGUUUAUCACUCUCAUUGUCGGAAUAGCAAUAACGACCGAUCUCCUUAUUUACUCCAUGAUCGUUCCAAUUAUCCCCUUCCGCCUCCAAAGUCUUGGCUACGAAGGGGUCUCCGGUUUAGUCGGAUGGCUGCUCUUCGCCUAUUCCGGAGCACUCGUUAUAUUCACUCCGCCCAUCGCUUUCCUCUCUGAGAGGUACAAGAACCGCAAAAUCCCCUUGCUAUGCGGCCAGGCGGCACUCAUCGGCUCACAAGUGCUCCUAAUGGAGGCACCCACAUUUUGGGUCAUGGUCCUCGCGCGUAUCGCCCAGGGCAUUAGUGCCUGCGUUAUCUGGGUCGUCGGCCUGGCCUUGAUCUGUGACACGGUGCCCGAAAAGAUCGUUGGCAAGCAGCUCGGGCUUGCCAUGAUGGGCAUGUCGCUCGGCUUCCUCGUCGGCCCUCCCGUAGCAGGAGCCCUCGACGACCGGUUCGGCUUCCGCGCGCCCUUCAUCUUCGGCAUCAUCGUCACCGUCGCCGAGCUCGUCGGCCGUCUGCUCAUCAUCGAGCGCUCCGCCGCCGAACGCGUGGACGCCUCCUUCACGAAGCUCGUCGGCCGCAACGGCUCCGCGCGCGGCGUCACGUACGGCUCUGCCGACGCGGAAAAGCGGGAGGAACAGCCGACCGUUACGGAACUAGUAUCCACCCAGGAGGCUCGGACUGAGGGCGACGUCGCGGAGAUCUCGGAGACCCCGACGCGCAUUCCGUCGCGCACGCCGACCGUGGCUCGCUCGCAGACACAGGUUAACGAGGAUCCGGUGCAUCUGUCUAUUCCGGGGUUGCUCCUCAAGCUUUUGAAGUCACCUCGCGCACUUUCUGCUGUCUUCCUCACGUUGAGCUUCGGUAUCAUGAUCAGCAGCAUGGAGCCCGUACUUCCUCUCUACCUGCAGUCCACCUUCGGCCUCGACGUCUCGAAGAUCGGUCUCGUCUACAUCGCCGCCGUCGUCCCGUCAUUCAUCUCCUCGCCGCUCAGCGGCUGGUACGCCGACCGCGGAGGCACGAUCGUGAGCACCGCCAUCUGUCUGGUCUGCGCGCUGCCCUUCUGGGUCCUGGUUUUCAUCCACGUCAAUCUCGCCUACUUCCUCGCCAUGUAUGCGCUCCUCAACUUGUUUGCCACCGGGACAAUCUCACCAGUCACGGCCGAGUUCGCGGCAGUGACGCGCAGCCUAGAUGGUGUGGGAUAUGGCCACAUCUAUGGUGCAUUCAACGUCGCCUACGGGCUCGGUUCCGCCAUCGGCCCCGUCAUCGGUGGGCAGCUCUACGACCACCUCAGCCCCCAGAAGGGCUGGAUGGCGCUCUGCCUGUUCAACGCCGGCCUCGCGGGCGUCAGCCUCCUCGUCACCGUCUGCUACUACGGCGAGACGACGGUCAUGCAGCGGCUCGUGCGCCACUUCCGCAACCGCCGCGCGGGGCCUCCCGCCGUCGACGCAGCCGCAGCCGCAUAGACGCAUUUACUCGCGUCAGACUGUUUUCCCUCGUGGCUGGCUCAUGAUCCAUAUAGAUACGGCUUUGCCCUAGUGCGAGGCUCUCAUUGCUUUUUUGGAUAGCUUACGACUAUGUACCGCUCAGACUCCGAAACACGCAUGUACAUCAUUACUCUCAUACUCACUGCCAAACGAUCACCCUAAGUAUGGCCAGGCC